UGGUAAUUUUGAGAAUAAAAAUAACGAAUGAUAAAUGUAUCCUAAAAGACUAUAUAAUAUUGAAUUGGAGGUGUGUGGGGCCAACUGCCAAGGCAAAGCCAGCAAGCAUUUGAUUGGCAGGUGAAGGCCGCACAUAAAUUCCUGCAAUUUGGUGUGAAUUAAUCGAUCCAUCUGCUUUGAUUCAGCAUUAGCAUGGGCCGCCCUCAGCAGCGUUACCGCGGCGUACGCCAGCGCCACUGGGGCUCUUGGGUUUCCGAAAUCCGCCACCCAUUGCUAAAGACAAGAAUAUGGCUGGGGACGUUUGAAACAGCAGAGGAUGCAGCAAAGGCAUACGAUGAGGCUGCAAGGAUCAUGUGUGGCUCCAGAGCUCGGACAAACUUCUCUUCCUCUUCCUCUUCCUCGACUAAGCUUCUUUCACCAACUCUAAUGGCCAAGCUCCACAAAUGCCACAUCACAUCACUCUCAAAACCCAACAAACCGGCUGUCCAACCACACGACAUGGAAUUUCUGCAGGAACUCAAAUCUGAUGAUCAUCACCACAUAGAGCAGAUGAUUAAUGAGUUGCUUUAUUAUGGUUCACUUGAGCUUUCUUCCGCUGUGGGAAAUUCAUCUUCUCAACAAUAAUCAAAACCGACUCCCACGCUACCUCCACCUCAAAAAUUGUGGCAUGUAAAUUCAUGACUUUUGGUCACAUACUAUUUUACUUUAUGAAUGUGUUCUCUUUUAUUGAAAAUUUAUCGUGAGAAAAUGAGUAAUAUUCUUUUUUCUAA